AUGCCUCAAUACAUUUCUAACAUCCCGGUGGACUGCGAUGUGGAUUUUGAUACAGCAAAUAUCAGAGGGAAAACAGCAAUUGUCACAGGAGGGGCCAACGGUCUUGGAGAAGCAUAUGUGCGAUCCCUGAUCGCUGCAGGGGCAACUGUUUGUAUCGGUGAUCUCGAUACAAUAAAAGGUAGAAAGCUUGAAGCAGAGCUUACAGGUGUAAAGUUUAUCGAAUGCAAUACUGCCGACUGGGAUAAUCAGGUGCGACUGUUUCAAGAAGCUGCUUCAUUCUCCCCAACAGAGAAAAUAUCAUACGUGAUAGCCAACGCCGGUAUCCAUCGCCCAGAUGAAGUCUUUCUAUAUGAUGGGGAUGAUGCAGUGCCCAAGAAGCCCGACUUGACAACUAUCGAUGUCAACCUGAUAGGUGUUCUCUAUACAGCUAAAUUGGUGUCCCACUAUUUCAUCAAACAGAACGGAGACAAAGUAUCUGAAACACAGGAAGACACAUGUCUUGUCUUAAUUGGAUCAGGCGCAGCAUUCUUGGAUUGCCCUCGCGCCCCUCAGUAUUGCGCGAGUAAAUGGGCUAUGCGAGGAAUUUUACAUUCGUUGCGUAGAACCGCCUUUUAUUACGGCAGUCGCUUGAACAUUAUAUUGCCAUGGUACGUCAAGACUAACAUCCUAUCCGACGAAGCUUUUGCACAUGUUUCAAGUGUCGGUGUACAAUUUGCAGAAGCGAAGGAUGCAGGUGAAUGUCUACUACGAAUUCUCAGUGACAUGGACAUCAACGGACGUUCUUUUUUCAUUGCGCCGCGGAGAUGGGCAGCACGAGGUUUUAUUGAUUUGGGUAUUGAGGAUUAUCCGGAAGAUUCUCUGCUCCAGGAGAUCCAAGAAGACCAAGUGAGAUCUGCACCGAUUGAUUUGGGAUUAUUCAUCUAG